GUAUUUAUAGUAGAGUAGUGACUCAACUUAAAAAUAAGAACUCUUUUAUUUUAAAACAUCACUAUAUUUCUUAUAAAUUAGCAUUAGCUGCAAAGAAUGCUGCAAAGCAAGUUAAAGACUUUAAAUUAUAUGAGAAAAUUGUGUAUAGUAUUUAUAGCUAUUUUUUACAAAAUGUAGAGCAUAUAAUACACCUUAAAAUAAUAAUAAAAAAUAUUGGUGAUCUUCAACUUACA